AUGAAUCCACAGACGGUUUUGGGAUACAUUUGCCUGCUUUGCUUUUCCUUCGUGAGCACAGCAAAAGGGAAUUUGCAGCCUCUUUCUUUCCAGCCUGGGACCCUGUAUCAGUACCACUAUUCCCUGGAUGUCCAGCUGGACCACACAUCCAUGUCAUCCCCGCGGGGAGCCUGGCUACAGGCUGAGGCAUUGGUCCAGCUGCACCAGCUCUGGAGGGACCAAGGUGGGGAAGAGCUGCUCCAGGUGCAGAUCCACAACCUGAAAGCCCAACAAGAGCCAGAAGAGGAGAGGCACCAGGACAGCAUUGGAGGUCCCCCUGCAGAGAUUGCACUGAGCCAGGAGGCACAGGCAGAGCUCCAGCAGCCAGUGUUCGUCUCCUGGAGCAGCGGGAAGGUCAAAGCCUUCUACGGGGACAAAGCAGAAAGCGUCCUGAUCUCGAACCUGAAGCGAGGCAUCAUCAGUCUGCUCCAGCUCCAACCCCAUGCUGGCACCACAGUGGAGGAGGACACCUCUGGGAGCUGCCAAGUCACGUAUGCCGUGUCCAACCAUUCCAUCACAAAGACAAAAGAUCUCCUCAGCUGCACAAAGCCAAAGUCUGGAUUCACCUCUGCAAACAAAAUUUUUGGAGUCAAGUGGCAGCCCACCAGCAAAAGCCGGUACAUGGUAAAAGACAACCUCCUCCAGUCAGUGCUGGCAGAGGAAAGCCACAUGGUGACUGCAGCCCUGAGGUCCACCACCGGCAUGAAAAUCAGUUCAAGGCAGCAGCUCCAACUACUGUCUCCUCCAAUGCCCGGUCCAGCAGAGGCAGAUGGACGAAGCCUCGAGGACACACUGGCUGGCAUGGAGGGAUGGCACCAGCCCCUGGGCAUGGCCAGCCUGCCCUUCAAGAGAGUCUGCACCCACUGCCCAUCGCUGAAAGCCUACCUGAAGGCUUUUGACAGCCAGAGAGUCAAAAUGGGUGCCUCAAAGGCAGCGACUACGUGGCGGUUCCAGAAGUUCAUCCAGAUGCUGCGCAGUGCCAAGAAGAGAGAUGUUCUGCAGCUGCUGAGGAGAGUCCCUGAGGAGAUGCUCCCCUUCGUUGUGGAGGCGGCAGUGGCUGCACGGUCAGUGGCAACCUUGGCGGCCCUCUCAGACUUUCUGGAUUUCAGCAGGGAGCCCAAGUCCCUGCUGGAGAAGUUUCUCUAUGCAGCAGCUUUCUCUCCCCGGCCUUCAGGAGAGCUUCUCCGCCUGGUGUUAGACAAGCUGGAUAGGAAGCAGCUGGCCCCCGAGGUCCAUGAGACAGCAAUAAUUGCUGUGGGCUCUCUGGUCGGCAAGCUGUGCCAGCAGAAGCUGUGUGGGCUGCAGGAGGUGGAGCGUGGGCUGGAAACCAUCCUCGCAGGGCUAAGAAGCACCAAGAAGGAGUCCGAGGUGGUCAUUUACCUGUUGGCCCUGGGGAACACCAUGCUCCCUGAAACCAUCACCACCCUAUUGGACUACGCCGAGGAGGGUCCCACUGCCAUUGCCACCGCGGCCAUCUCUGCCCUGCGGCAGUUCCCCACUCGCCACAUCUCUGGCAAGGUGAAACGAGCAAUGAGGAGGAUUUUCCAUGAGAAAAGGAAGAGCUACGAAAAAACCUGUCGCCUGUCUGCUGCAGAAAUCCUCCUAGAUAAUGAGCCCUUGCCCAUGGAUGUCAUCAACAUCCUGCUGGCCACCAAUGAGCUGGAGGUGGAGACAGCAACGUUUCUGCUGCUGAAGGUCCAGAACAGCCUGCGUGCCGACCACCACCCAGCAAGGAAGAUAAUGAAAGACGUCAUGAGAGACCCACGGAUAAAUAAUUACAACUUCUUCUCAAAAGCUGGCAUCUCCUCUUCUUUCUCAGGACCUCUGACAGUCACCCAGGACCUGCUUUCCACCUUCGGACUGGACCUGCUGUUUUUGGAGGGUGGAUUCCUGAGGAAGAGCAUCUCUGACUUCUCGCUGCUCAGCCACAGCCAGCAGCUUCGUGCAGCUCAGGUCACUAUUGAAGCACAAGGGUUGGAGUCGAUGCUGGGAGAAAACGUCUUGGAAGGGGAAGAGGAGCCAGAGCUCACGGCCAGAAUGUCUGCCAUCUUCUUCGACGUUCAGUUGCGGCCAAUUGUCUUCUUCCAGGGAUAUACAGACUUAAUGGCCAAGGUCCUGUUAAGCAGCAGAGAACCCACAAGUGUGGUCAAAGGGAACCUCCUGCUGAUGGACCAUCACCAGGUCAUUCCUCUGCAGUCUGGCCUCCAAGUGGCUGUCAAACUCCAGGGUGGGCUGGGGCUUGACAUUUCAGCCGACACGGACGUGAGCAUUUGGGAGCAGGAACUGAAAACCAGCAUCAAUGCAAGGGGAAGCUUCGCCAUUGAUUUCCAGGCAGAACUAGAUGCCCCUUUCCUCCAAGCCACCCUGAGAAGCCAGACAGAGUUGGAGACCUCAAUCCACUUUGACACCACGCUGAGGUUUUCCAGCAGCCCAGUGCUCAUGUGCCUGCAGCUGACAGAGGAGGAGGCCCCAUACAGAGAAAUCUUCACAGUUUCCAAGUCUGCUGGGAGCUGGAGCAGCACCGCUCGAAAAGGCAGGCAAGGCACUGUGCCUGGGCGGGAGCUUGCCUUGCACCGGACCAACUCCAAGGUCUGCAACCUCCUGCUGAUGGCAGAAGAAGAAUAG